AAUUGACCAAUGAAAGGCUUUACUACGAGUUGCGUGAUGAAUGGAAUUUUUCCUUUCAAUGCUCAAAUUUCCAGUGUCAUGCUUUUUUUUUCUCUCGUCAAAACGUUCUAUUAAUUCUCAGCGAUGCAUCAAAAGCUGUUCAAUACAUCCAAUGUCGGCUACAGGUUCAUAAAGAGCUGAUUCGUCAACAGGCUAUAAAACAAAAGGAAAAAGAAAAGAAAAAGAUGGCCACAGUUAUAUUUCACCACCCUUUUGAUUCAGAGAGUGAUGCAGUGGCUCUUAAAGAUGCAAUAUCCUCUUUAGGCGAGAGAGAUGAUGCUCUUAUUCAAAUCUUGGGCAACCGAACUAACGAGCAAAGAAAAAGGAUUAUGGAAACAUACAAAAUCAUGUUUGAUCAGGAUUUGAGAGAUACUUUGCUGUAUAAGUUAACAGGCAACUUCAAGAGGACAGUCGAACUACUGUUGAUGCCGUUAGCUGAAUAUUAUGCGAAGUUGUUGAGGAGAGCCAUUUACGGACCCGGUAAAGACGAGGAUCUCCUUCUUGAAAUACUCUGCACAAUUACAAACAUUCAGAUCCAGCAAAUCAAAGAAAUAUACCAAUGCAAAUUCGGUAAAUCGUUGGAGGAUUCAAUUGCAAAUGAUUGUCAGAGCAAGUUCAAGCACAUGCUUCUUCUAAUAUGCAAGGCUGAAAGAAACGAAGGAGUUGUGUCACUGGAUAAAGUUAGAAACGACGCAGAAGCGUUAUUCGAAGCAGGUGAAGCUGAAUGGGAAACGGACGAGGCAGCUUUUAACACGCUGUUUGCAUUCGAGAGUUACGAACAUUUGAGGUUUGUCUUCCAGGAAUACGAGGACAUCACUGGAAGAACACUUUCGGAAGCCAUUGAAGCAGAGACAACGGGAUACAUGAAGAAAGCUCUUCUUACAAUAGUGCGAUGUGUAGAAAACACCCCCGCUUAUUUCGCCAGAAAGUUAUACAGAGCCUUAAAAGGCCCAACGAAGGAUGACAAGUCUCUAAUUCGUAUUGUUGUCAGUCGCUGUGAGAUUGACAUGGUAUUCAUCAAAACUGAAUAUCAAAAGAGAUUUAAAGAACAUCUGGAAGACACAAUACGGGGAAAUGAACCAGAAAACUAUGAAAAGUUACUCAUGGCUUUAGUGACGUUAGACAAACAGAAGAAGUAACUACAAAACCUUCUACUUUUCCUGCUUUUUCGUGUAUUUCUCAAUAAAAUAUUUUUCUUUCAUUAA